AUGGACGCGCUGUGGAAGCAGGGUUCGUCGUGUGACUGGCCGGCGGCGACGGUGAUCAUCAGCGACGACGACGACGCGGCGGCGGCGGAGCUGCUGCGGCGGGGGCCGUGGACGGUGGACGAGGACGCGCUCCUGGCGGGCUACGUGGCCGCGCACGGCGAGGGCAGGUGGAACGAGCUGGCGCGCGCCGCGGGGCUCCGGCGCACGGGCAAGAGCUGCCGCCUCCGCUGGCUCAACUACCUCCGCCCCGGCGUGCGCCGCGGGGACUUCACCCCGCGGGAGCAGCUGCUCAUCCUCGACCUCCACUCCCGCUGGGGCAACCGCUGGUCCAAGAUCGCGGCGCACCUGCCGGGCCGCACCGACAACGAGGUCAAGAACUACUGGCGGACGCGGGUGCAGAAGCACGCCAAGCAGCUGGGAUGCGACGUCGGCAGCCACCGGUUCCACGACGCCAUGAGGAACCUCUGGAUGCCGCGCCUGCUCGAGAGGAUCCACGCCGACGACUCAGCCGCCGCCGUCGCCGCCGCUGCCGCUGCCGAUAACGUCUCUCACUACUACUCGGCCGCGAGCCCGUCGCACGAGCUGUUGUCGUCCCAACCGGCGUACGGAAACGCUGCACCCAUGGGCAACUGCGCGCGCGCACUGUCCCCGGACGCGUCGAGUGUCACCGGUUCGUCGUGGUCGUCACGGGAGGCGUCGCCACCGUCUCAGUUCCAAUCGAGCAGCUGUUCGACCAUGGCGGGAUGCUCUACUUCUACCGAACAAUGCCAGAACAACGGAUGCUCCAGCGCCACGAGCGUCGACAUGUUCGACAAGAGCUGGUCGGAGCUUCUAGCUCGCGCCAACCAUGACGACACGGAAUUCGGAUUGGGAGAAACUGGAGAUAACUGGUGGAGUUUGGAGGAUAUCUGGGAAGAACCGCUUUACUGA